AUGUCUGAAGAGCUGACCUAUGCCGAGGUGCAGAAGCACUCAACCAAGAAAGAUCUAUACCUCGUUAUUCACGACAAGGUCUACAACACCUCAUCUUUCGUCGAUGAGCAUCCUGGUGGCGAAGAAGUCCUCCUCGACGUAGGCGGUCAAGAUGCUACCGAAGCCUUCGAAGAUGUCGGCCAUUCGGACGAAGCCCGCGAGAUCCUCGACGGCCUGUUGGUCGGAAAACUGAAGCGUGUCGCUGGUGAUCCUGCUCCCAAGACUGGUGGCACCGACAAGAUCUCUGCUGGUCCAGGCAAAAGUGGCGGCGACACCGGGUCUGGCAUCGCGCUAUACGCAAUCCUCGUCGUUGGUGCCGUCGUUGCAUAUGUUGCCUACGGAUACGUGCAGAGUCAAGACACAAAAUAG